GGCGGCGGCGCUGGGCGGCGCCGAGGCCCAGGGCCGCGGGAGCCAGCGGAGCCCGUCUCCAUCGACUCCCCUUGCCCCUCGCCCUGUCGCCGGCAUCGGUCCCUGCGGCACGGAGAGAAAGGUCCCAAAGAUGGCAUAGUGCUGGAAGCACCUUCCAAUGAUCGAAGCAUCUUUACCCAAGGUGCCUGCCCGGGCCAGUCGCGUCGUGUUGAGCCAAAGGGACUUGUCUACACCUUUCCCGAAAACGUCUUUCUCUCCUAAUUCAUGAGCCAGCAAGAUGCGGUCGCCGCGCUUUCAGAACGCCUUCUCAUAGCUGCGUACAAAGGCCAGGCGGAGAAUGUGGUUCAGCUCAUCAACAAGGGCGCCAAGGUAGCAGUUACCAAGCAUGGCCGGACCCCCCUGCAUCUUGCUGCCAACAAGGGCCAUCUUUCUGUGGUCCAGAUCUUGCUGAAGGCUGGCUGCGACCUCGAUGUCCAGGAUGAUGGGGAUCAGACCGCCUUGCACCGGGCCACGGUGGUGGGGAACACCGAGGUCAUCGCGGCGCUCAUCCAGGAGGGCUGUGCUCUGGACCGACAAGACAAGGACGGGAACACCGCCCUGCACGAGGCGUCCUGGCACGGUUUCAGCCAAUCAGCCAAGCUGCUCGUUAAAGCAGGAGCCAACGUGCUUGCCAAGAACAAGGCGGGGAACACGGCUCUGCACCUGGCCUGCCAAAACAGCCACGCCCAGAGCACCCGCGUCCUCCUGCUGGGCGGGUCCCGUGCCGACCUCAAAAAUAACGCAGGCGACACCUGUUUGCACGUUGCCGCGCGCUAUAAUCACUUGUCCAUCAUUAAGCUCCUCCUCAGUGCUUUCUGUUCUGUCCAUGAAAAGAACCAGGCUGGAGACACAGCACUUCAUAUUGCUGCUGCCCUAAAUCACAAGAAGGUGGUUAAAAUCUUACUGGAAGCCGGAGCAGAUGGAACCAUUGUUAAUAAUGCAGGCCAGACCCCGCUGGAGACUGCACGCUACCACAACAAUCCGGAAGUUGCUCUUCUCCUCACAAAAGCUCCCCAGGUCUUGCGCUUCAGUCGUGGGCGAAGCUUGAGGAAAAAGAGAGAAAGGCUCAAGGAAGAGAGGAGAGCUCAGUCUGUGCCGAGAGAUGAGGUGGCACAAAGCAAGGGAAGUGUCUCAGCAGGAGACACUCACAGCAGUGAACAGGCCGCACCCAGAAAAGAAGAGGCCAGAGAAGAUCUCCUGUCUGCCUCCCCGGAGCCCACAGCAAAGGACAGCCGGCCGAGAAAGCCCAGGCCCAAGGUGUCAGCAUUUUCUGACCCCACCCCACCAGCGGACCAACAGCCCGGACAGCAGAAGAACUUGCACACUCAUGGUCACCCUAAAAAGAGGCCCAGGCAUCGAUGUUCGCCCCCGCCCCCUCCCCACGAGUUCAGAGCGUACCAGCUCUACACGCUGUACCGGGGCAAGGACGGGAAAGUGAUGCAGGCACCAAUAAAUGGUUGUCGAUGUGAACCCCUCAUCAACAAGCUGGAGAAUCAGCUGGAGGCAACGGUGGAGGAGAUCAAAGCAGAGCUGAUAUCGGUGCAGGACAAGAUGAACACGAAGCUGGGGCACAUGGAGACUAAGACGCAGCACCAAAUGCGUGUCCUGGACAAGCUGAUGGUUGAGCGACUCUCAGCAGAGAGGACAGAGUGCCUGAACCGCCUGCAACAGCACUCGGACGCGGAAAAGCAUGAGGGAGAGAAACGGCAGAUGUCCUUGGUGGAUGAAUUAAAAACCUGGUGCAUGUUAAAGAUUCAGAAUCUGGAGAUGAAGCUUUCUGGAGAUUCUAGGGUGUCCAGGACUAAAUCCACACCUUCCACUUAUGAGUCGUCCACAGGUGUGGAUCAGUCGGUGGUGACUGCAGGUCCAGUGGCAGCUUCGGACAGUUCCCCUCCGGUGGUCAGGCCCAAGGAGAAGGCCCUCAGCUCCACAGCAACCCACAGACUCCAGCAGGAGCUGUCUUCCUCCGACUGCACGGGCUCCCGACUGAGGAACGUCAAGGUCCAGACAGCCUUGCUCCCUUUGAAAGAGGCCACCAAAUGUGAUCUGCAGGCUGGGCCCUGUGUUGACAGAGGCACCCAAACCAAGAAGUCUGGGAAAAGCGGGCAGACGAGGCACCGGACCCAGCAGCCAGCGCCCAGCAACACCUGUAGGCAGCCGCCCCCAGCAGCAGGCGGCGAGCAGACCGCCCCCCACCUCCGAGACACCUCCCAGGCGCUGGAGCUCACCCAGUAUUUUUUUGAGGCUGUCUCUACCCAGAUGGAAAAGUGGUACGAAAGGAAGAUUGAAGAGGCGCGGAGCCAAGCCAGUCAGAAAGCCCAGCAAGACAAGGCCACGCUGGAGGAACAUAUUAAAAGUUUAGAGGAGGAACUUGCUAAACUGAGGACUAAGGUACAGAAGGAAAACUAGGGCCUGGGAAGUGGCACCAGGCAGGACUGUUGAGGAUUUCCAGUCCUUCGGCUGCUACUGUGCACAGAGCAGACUUGCCUUUAAAAAAUCACUAAUUUCUAAAAUGUGCCAGACACAGUCUUCCUAUGCCCUGAGGUUAUGAAGACGUCAACAAUUAGACUGAAACCAGGGGAAGCUUGCUUAGUUUCAGGUUUCAUUACAAACUUGAAAUCUCAGCCCAAGUUCAUCUGAAGUUCAAAAGCUCAGAUUAAGCAAGCCAUGCUAACGAAUGGAAGGAUGUUUAAACCUAAACCUUAAUAUUCAGGAUAUGAAACAAUGUAAAUGAAGAGCAGGGAAAGAUAUUAAUCCCCUGUGAACUGAAAUCAAGCAGUCACUCCUAUGUAAAACACACCUGCCGUGCCUGGACCAGAGCGUCUUUCUGUAAGAGCUGCAACAGACGCGCUAAACCCUCGCUCUCAAGUCUGUAGUUCUCACAAUGCCGAUGUUUUAACCAGGGGAAAACUUAAAUAAAUUUUGAGGAGAAAGAUUUUCAUGAUGUCACAAGAUCCAGGAUAUCUUAAAAUGUUUCAAAAAAUCAAAGUGUAUUUAAAUAAUGAGUAAUUGACUCAUAGCACUGGAGAUGUUUGCUAAUAAAUGAACUCAAAUGAGAAAGGUGCACAUCAUUUGAUCAUGGCUUCUGUAUAUUUCAGCCAAAAUACAGAAACACUACAAUCAUAGUGAUUUCUAAAGCGGAUUAAUGGGAAAAAAUUCAUGUAACAAUGAAACUUCUAUAAAC